GAAGAAAACGGCCUAAGUACGCUCUUUCCCAUAGCAGACGGCACGCAGCCAACACGCUGAUCAUAAUAAUCAGAGCAUUCUAUGUGUCGACGGCGUUUCAGUCUUGCUGAUUGUCGCAUGAAUAUUUGUACUGCUUGUCAUAUGACGACGGAAAGAGAUAAACGUCUCCAACCGCUCGUUGCUUGGUUUGUAUUCGCGAUUUUUUAUGUGUUUGCGCUGGGAAACUCACUUGUCGUCAAGCUUGUUAUUGCUAAAGAUACCAAACAUCGGGUCGUAACCUGCUCGUUUGCAUUUCUCACGCUCCAGGUUGCGUUGCUUGUUAUGAUCGACUGACAUGUUCUUUUUGUUAGAAAAAAGACGACUUGACAUCAACCGUACAUUUAGCUUCAAGGCAUGUAAGCAGUUGCCUGACAAGAGCAUACAUCAAGCUUAUAUCCAGUCAGAUAUAUGAUAGAUCAUUUGGUGGAAACAAACACAGGAGGAUACUAAAAACCCUUUUCCUA